CUUGCUGAACUAAAGCAGGAAUGUCUUGCUCGUGGUUUGGAGACAAAGGUAAAACAAGAUCUUAUCAACAGACUCCAGGCAUAUCUUGAAGAGCAUGCUGAAGAGGAAGCAAAUGAAGAAGAUGUACUGGGAGAUGAAACAGAGGAAGAAGAACCAAAGCCAAUAGAUCUUCCUGCCAAAGAAGAAGAACCUGCUGAAAAACUGCCAGAUGUGGCAGCAGAGAAGAAAGUGGUAAAGAUUACAUCUGAAUUACCACAGACUGAGAGAAUGCAGAAGAGGGCUGAGCGAUUCAAUGUACCUGUGAGCCUGGAGAGUAAGAAAGCUGCACGGGCAGCUAGAUUUGGGAUUUCUUCAGUUCCAUCAAAAGGUCCGUCAUCUGACACCAAGCCUAUGGUUAACCUGGAUAAGCUAAAGGAAAGAGCUCAAAGAUUUGGUUUGAAUGUGUCUUCAAUCUCCAGAAAGGUAAAGUACUGUGUUUUUUUGCAAAUACAGCAAUGUAGGGGCUACAACACCUGGAAGUGGAUUGUCCUGAGACUGUAUCUGACUACUCAGCACUUCAUUUCAUCCAGUCAUUUGAAUAUUGCCUCCAUUGGCUAUUAAUUUGCAUGGUAGGAUUUGUUUCACAGAGAUAAUCAUUUCUUCCCACGGAUGGUUUAUAUUUUCUUACAGAAUUCAGAUGUAGGUGCAUUUGCUUCAACUUCUGAUACAGGCAUAAUGGAAAUGAAAUAAUCAGGGGAAAACAAUCCUAUCUUUUUUUUCUCUCUCUCUCAUUUUUUUGCAUAGAAGAACUGGGGAGUAGGCCAGAGGUGCAUGGAGGGGAGGGAGUGAGAAUUCACCAGAGACAGAGUGGGGAGCAGAGCAGGUGUAUUUACUGAAAUACACUGCUGAGGGGAGCAGCAGGCGAGACAGGAGAGGUCUGAUGUGCAGUGUGGGUCAGCUCCCUGGCUGGGGAUCAAACUUUAGGCUGUAGCCAGUGAUAGCACUGAGCCUUAACCCCUAGGCCACCAGGGAGGCCUACAAUCUUAACCUUUAAGUUAGAAUUACCUAGGAACAAAAUUUGGAGGUUCUGUGAACAAAAGUGAGUUAAAAAAAGUUAAAUCACUCUUUUAAUUGCUGACUUUUUAACUUAUUAAGAUGGCUUUAUCAGUACCAUGGUAUAUGGGGUGAUUGGUUCUACAGCCAUUGCUGUGUUUGGAGUUUUGCUAGACUCAUUGGAGAAAACACUGAGGAUUCUCCUUUUUGCCUAGAAUAGGUUGUCUCUUAAUCUUUGUUGAAGUGGUGGCAGGAUUCAGGUAGGACUAUUUCAAGCCAGAAAGCAAUCAUUUAAAAAAAAUCAGGGCCUCCCUGCUGGCGCAGGUGGUUGACCGCAGCAUUGUGAAGCUGUC